AUGGCCACACCCCAACGGUAUAAUGGUCCUGCAAAGGACGGGGACUGGAACAACUAUCGAGACACCAUCACAGCGCUAUAUCUAGAACAGAACAAGAGCUUGAAAGAAGUCAUGCGUAUCAUGCGGGAGGAAUACUACUUCUUCGCGACGGAAAAGAUGUACAAGAUCCGCUUCAAUAGAUGGGGCCUACACAAGAAACUAAGGGCUCACCAGGUGGCUGAGCUUCUAGUUCAACGGGGUCGCCGCGCCGCCGUCGGCAAGACAUCGGUAUCCUUCGUUCACGGCCGCAAGGUCGAUGCGGAUAGGCUCAACGCGUACCUCCGACGAGUCUCGCCUGCUAGUCGCAAGGAACUCAUAGCGAUCCUGUCGGGUAAGAUAGAAUCUGUCGAGGCCCAGAAACGCAGCAUAGAGGAGAUUAUAUGCCGUACCCCGUCUCCCGAACCAGGGCCGAUAUCAGUACCAAGACGUGUGGAAGCUCCCGACGGCCUACGGCUCCCUGAGGAGUGCAUGCAGAUAGUGCAGAGCUACGUCGGGGGUGCCUUGGAAGGGUCUCUCUGGCAGCUCACUCCCGACAAGGAACUAGUAUUUCCACGCCGACCGAGGACGUGGCUGGACCCUGUGUCGUCUGCCAGACAAUUAUUUAUCAACGGUUUCACAAAACAAGGUUUCCGCAUGAUAAGGAUAACCUUCGAUGACUAUAGAGAAGUUAUGAUGCGGCAAGAUCCGUCACUACUCGUCGAGACAUGUCUCGCCUUGGGGGCGCUUCUACAAUCCGGACCAGGCCUUGCCGAGUCCUUAAUCAACUACGCCUGCGGCAUGUCCCGCAUCGUUUUCGGUCCUAGACACCCUAUACACUUAUUAUUUAUGAGAUUAAAAGGCGCUAGCCCAGCUGAAAUAACAAGCUUUAUCGGCCUGAUCAUACAAGGCUUCCUACAAGCCGUGCAAGCUGACAGCCGCCUCAAACCGACAUGGCUAGCAACUAUAUAUCGAGCCAUGCUCAAUAGCAACUUCAUCGAGAUGCAUACGGCGCAGAAGUACAUGCAAGAUCUCAUUGCAGAUCUCGAGAAUUCGCCGUCGCCGUCGGUGGAUCCACCCGAACAGGAUGCCAUAAAGAAGGAUAUCGAUCUCUUACGGCACCACUUAUCGUGGCUAACGAACCUCCACAACAAGCCGACAGAGGCGGCGGCAUCGGCGCAUACACUAGUCGAAACGUGUGGAGGACGGGAUCCACGGCUGGCACGGUUCAGUUGCUAUAAUAUGCUGCGGACGCUGCCAACGAGCCACGAGGUGAGCCCCGAGGAGGCCGUCGACCUUUUGACGCAUAGCCUAGAGAUAUGCGAGACGGAAUUCGGGCGCAACGACAACGCCACGGUUACUUUACUCGCCACAUUACAAAGCUACCUACGCCGCGUCGGGAGGGCAGAGGACGCGCAAAGAGUGCGCGCCGACUUCGAGAAGCGAUGGGACGAAGUCAUGGACGAUAUGAGCAGGCUAAAGACGUGA